AUGGCAGAAAAUUCAAGUGAUGAAUUUUUCAGCAUUUACCAAAUGCUCAAUGAUGAAAGCAGCAUGGAACAUAGUCAGACAAGCAGCAUGGAAGGGGCUCAGUACCAGGACAACACUGGUCCAGAUGAUGAAGCAAUCCAGCAACCAACAAGCAGAAAACAGCUCACAGUUUCCAAGAAAAGGGAAAUUGUAGAUGAGUAUCUACUGAAGCUACAGGGGGGGGAAAUACCAAGGGGUUUUGUUUCACAGACAGCCAGGAAAUUCAAUGUGCAUAGGUGCACUAUUCUCAUAUUAUUCAAAGACAUCAAAGCCCAAAUGGAAGUGGGGAAUGCCAUAGAUGUCAGAAGCAAGAAACUUGGAAAAACAGGACCAAAACCAACAGAGUACACAGAUGAAUUUUUGCAGUCUGCCCCACUAUAUAAAAGGACCACUGAGAGAAGCUAUGGGGCUGCUCUUAACAUUUCACAUAAAACCAUCCAUAAAUUAAAGAAAAAGGGGAGGCUGAGAAAACAUACUAGCACCAAUCAUCCAGCAUUAACAUCCAACCACAAAAUAGCAAGACUCCAAUGGGUUUUAAGGCAUCUGCUGCCUGCUACUCAAAAUGAGGACCCAUACUUUGUUGACAUGCAGCAGGUAGUGCACAUAGAUGAGAAGUGGUUCUACUUGAACCCAGACACAAGAACAUUCUACCUAUUGCCAAAUGAACCAAACCCCUACAGGUGCCAACAGUCCAAGAGGUUCAAGGUCAAAGGCAUGUUCAUGGCAGCCAUAGGGAAGCCAAUCUUUGACAACCAAGGAGGAGUCAUACAUGAUGGGAAAUAUGGAAUUUUCCCUUUUGUUUAUGAAAGCACAGCAAAGAAAAAAAGCAAAAACAGAGAAGCCGGGGCAGUGGAAGUGAAGGCUACACAGAAUGUUAACAAGGAGGCCAUAAGGGAAAUGCUUUUAACUAAAGUAAUUCCAGCCAUUAAAAGUAAAUGGCCAGGCCAUGUAUCUAAGGAUAUAUGGAUUCAGUGGGAUAAUGCCAGACCACACCAAAUUCCUAGGGGUGUUGAAUUUCAUGAAGCAUGUCACUCAAAUGGUUUCAACAUACAGUUCAUUUAUCAACCAGCUCAAUCCCCAGAUUUAAAUGUCUUAGAUUUAGGGUUGUUUAAUGUGAUACAAUCAAUAAAAUACCAAUCAUUUCCUAGAAAUCUAAAGGAACUCAUAGAGAAGGUAACAGAGUCUUAUGAGUUGUUCAACCCAGUGUUGAACAAACGUUGUUGGAUAACUUUACAAUGUUGUAUGGAAGAGAUACUGAAGGACCAAGGGGGGAAUAACUUCAGCCCACCACACAAAGGGAAGAAAAGACUAGAAAGACUGGGCAUGCUACCUGAAGUGCUACAAGUGGACAGAGGUUUGGUUCAACAAACUGUUGAAUACCUCAACACCAUUUUCAUUCCAACAGGUGAAGUGAAUCAGGAAGACGAAGGCAUGCAGGUGGAUGCAGACUAA